GAGGAACAGAAAGCGGAAGAGGAAGAUGCUCUGCCGUCCUGGGUUGAUUGGACGUCGCUGCCUGACGAAAUCGUGUGGCAGAUCUUCAGCUACCUGGACGUAUGGGCUCUCAUUCAGGUGAGUUCCUCCGGCCAGGUGGGCCAGUCAUCCAAGACGUGGAGGCGCAUUUCGCAGGACCAGUACAUAGGCACCACGUUGGAUUCCGAUGAGGACGAGGACAUUCCCAAGCCGGAACCCCUGCCGCAGGAGUGGCUCGCCGACAGCCAGGAAAACAUGAGCAUCACCUACAACACCGAUCGGGAGGCCAAACCACACAAGUCCCCGGUGCCCCGAAGCAAGCCCAGGAAGGCUCAGGCCACGCCGGGCCAGACGCCUCCCGAUCUGAGGGACAAGGCCGAGCAGUUGAAGGAGAUGUUCGUUGGUCUGACCACCGAGGACGCCAUCAAGAUCCUGCGCAAGUGCGGCUACUCCAUCUCCGACGCCGCCCUGCGACUGUCCGACCCGCACCGGAUGAGCAAGUACACCGGCCAGCAGCAGCAGCAGCAGCGCCAACAGCAGGAGGCCAAGGAGCAGCGCAAGCCCCGUGCGCCGACGCUCGGUUCGACGAACACGGCGCCCGGUGCGGGUGGCAGCCUCCUCACAGACCCGGUGGUCGGCAUGCAGAACCUGUCGAUCAGCGCCCAGGGCUCGGGUAGCUUCGCCCCCGCCUUUUACGGCAGCGGCGUGGGCUUCAGCAGCAGCAGCAGCCGCCCUUGUCCGGCUCGUUCUCGCCGGCGCCUCUCGGUUCGGCCCCGUCGGGGUCUGCGCAGACCCAGAGCUGGACCUCGUUCGGGGCCGGCGCCCCGGGCCUCUACGGAUCGUCGGCUUCGGCUUCGGUCGCCUCCUCCAACUCCUCGAUCGCCGCCGCAAGCCCGCAGCAGCAGCCUCAGGCCGCCUAUUUCGCCCAACAGCAGCAGCAGCUCCAGCAGCAGCAACUGCAGCUCCAGCAACAGCAGCAACAGCUCCAGCAGCAGAUUCAACAGCAGCAGCUCCAGCUCCAGCAGCAACAGCAACAGAAGCAGAUGCAAAUUCAACAGCAGCAGGCCGCGCAGCCUUCGCUCUCGUCGGGCGGCGGCGCCUUCCAGCCGUUGCAGUACCCGCAGCAGGGGACCACCUCGCAGCCCGUCUUCACCGCCACGCCCCAGCCCUACGGGUCGUCUUCGGCGGCGGCCGUCUCCUACGCCACCCCCGGCUCGCCCCUGCAGUAUCCCCAGUCUCCUCAGCUCCAGCAACAGCAGCAGCAGCAGCUCGCUCUCCAGCAGCAGCUGUACCAGCAGGCCCUCGCUUCCCAGUCGUCGCAACUGGCUCAGAGCCCAUGGGCUGGCCAGCAGGCACCGUUGUCCGGUGGGUUCACGCACUUUGGGCAGGUCGCCGCUGCGCCACAGAGCUCGGGCCUCUACGGGUCAUCUUCCUUCCAGCCAUCCCAGUCCCUGCCCCAGCAGCAGCAGCAGCAGACCAGCACGGACGCGUUCGCGAGCCUCGUCGCACAGCAACUGCCCAAGGGCGCACAGCUGCAGUCGCUCUCUCCCACCACGCCGCACCACCAACCCGAGCCGAAGAAGACGCUGGCCCAGCUGCAGUCCUACCCCGCCUACUUCCAGGCUGGCCAGCAGCUCCCAGCUGCCCCGCAGCAAGUUGGCAAUGGCCAAAACCCGUUCGGGCAGCAGGACUUCUUCUAGACGUGGUGGCACGAUGCGACGUCGCAUAGCCCUUUGUAAUAAGAGUACAGCAACAACUAGCAGUAACAUCGCACCGAGCGAGAGCAGCUAA